GCAGUCUCUGGUCAUCUCCUGUACUGUGUCCGCAGUCUCUGGUCAUCUCCUGUACUGUGUCCGCAGUCUCUGGUCAUCCCCUGUAAUGUGUCUGCAGUCUCUGGUCAUCCCCUGUACUGUGUCCGCAGUCUCUGGUCAUCUCCUGUACUGUGUCCGCAGUCUCUGGUCAUCUCCUGUACUGUGUCUGCAGUCUCUGGUCAUCUCCUGUACUGUGUCCGCAUCUCUGGUCAUCUCCUGUACUAUGUCCGCAGUCUCUGGUCAUCUCCUGUACUGUGUCCGCAGUCUCUGGUCAUCUCCUGUACUAUGUCCGCAGUCUCUG